CCCUCCCCUACCCGACCCGACCCGUCGUCAUCAACAACAACAAACCCGCCGACACGAGUUGUUAGGUUAAGUCGCAAGUCCGGCAGUUUGACGUGUGAACAUGAGUACUUUUACGGACGUUCAAAUCAGAAGCAUCGGUGGUGUCCUGAACGACCCGGACCGUCCCCUCAAGGAGCGUUUUAGAGCGCUGUUUACUUUGCGCAAUAUUGGCGGUCCCAUUGCACAGGAGUGCAUCAAGCAGUGCUUCUCAGAUUCGUCUGCUCUGCUCAAACAUGAACUGGCAUAUUGCUUAGGACAGAUGCAGGAUCAUGCUGCCAUCCCUACACUCAUCUCUGUUCUGCGGGAUGUUUCCCAAGAACCCAUGGUUCGACAUGAAGCGGGUGAAGCUUUAGGCGCUCUUGCUGCGCCUGAUGUUCGAGCAAUCCUCGAAGAAUUUAAAAACGAUCCCAUAGUUGAAGUGGCUGAAACGUGCACUCUGGCUUUAGAUCGCUUGUCAUGGCUUGAAAAGCAUACUGAAGACGGGCUUAAAGAAAAUCCUUAUCAGUCUGUUGAUCCUACUCCACCAUCAGAAGAGACAGAUGUGAACAAGUUGAGGGAUAUGUUAUUGAACGAAAAUGAAUCUCUCUUCAAUCGUUAUCGUGCAAUGUUUGCUCUUCGUAAUCUUCGUUCAGAAGAUGCUGUUUUAGCUUUAGCUGAUGGGCUGAAGUCUGGUAGUGCCCUCUUUAAACAUGAGGUUGCCUUUGUGCUCGGACAGCUCCAAGAUCCUGUAUCUGUUUCCGCCCUUUUAGAAAGCCUUGCAGAUAAGAGUGAGAAUGAAAUGGUAAGACAUGAAUGUGCAGAAGCUCUGGGAGCAAUUGCCACUGAUGUUUGUAAUGCAGAGUUGAAAAAACAUUUGAAUGAUGAGAAACGGGUUGUAAGUGAAAGUUGCGUGAUUGCACUUGACAUGUGUGAGUAUGAAAACAGCCCUGAAUUCCAGUAUGCAAACACACUUUUGUCGGUGCAGUAAUGUAAAUACAAAACCAUCAUUUCGUAAUGCAGUUUUACUAGACCUAUGGAAUGAAUUUGUCCUUUUAUGUGAUAUUAUGUAACAUGUUCCUUAAUACAAUAAGUUUUUCCCUUUGAGUCUUCUUUGACAUGGAUAAGAAGGGUGUUUGGUUUGUCUGGGGGAUGAUGGGGAUGGUAUGGAUGAUAUGAGUGUUAUUUUUGUCGGUCAUUACAUAAGGAUGCUGGAGGAAAAGGCAGGCAGUAUUUUGCUAAUCUUAAAAUAUCAUGAAAUCUAUGUCUUAAUGUAGAAAAAAAAAAACGAUUUUUCCUCUCUUCAAUUCUAAUUACGAAAGUGGACAACACAGUAUGUUUUUUAAUGUUAAAACAAAUGAUUGGGAUCUCUGAUAGAAAGAAAAUAAGAUAAAGAGCUCUCUGGAAGAAUUGACUUUCUCUUGAUUGCUAUAAUGUUUCCGAUUUUAAUUUUUGUAAAAGGUGUGCUCUACUUGAUAAUGUUGCCGAUUUUAAUUUUUGUAAAAGGUGUGCUAAUGUUUCCGAUUUUAAUUUUUGUAAAAGGUGUUUUUGUAUAUUGUGACAAUGUUGCUGUACUGUACCAAAAAUGGACGAAUGAACAAGACAAUACAACAUUUACACGUU